CAGUGAAUCAUGCACGUGAUCUCCUUCCUUCUCACCUGCUGCAAAGACGCGACUACUCUAUCAUACCUAGGCAGGUAAUUCAACCAUCCUGUGUCUCUAUUUAAUAAUAUUAACCUGGCAUCUUACUCUGUAUUAAGCCUCGGAUUGUCUACUUGGCAUUAGAUAGCACAACACCAUGGCUGCCCUGGUCGGGUAUGCGAGCAGUGACGAAGAUGAAGAAAUCCAAGACGAACAGCCCAACGUCUCAAUAACUGCACCUGGGGACAAGCCUACCCCAAGUACGGAAAGCAAAAACGCCCAAGAGUCAAACUCCAACACGAAAACGCCCCAAGCGGAGGACACCUCUGCUCCUGCCCCGGGGCCUCAACUGCCACCACCAGAGGCCCUACAAGAUGCGCCGGUGCUGGGCCCCAGCCUUCCCACGAACGGCCAAGAUCUGGCCGCAAUGGAGGUCGACGCCACACCCGAACCGUCCGUGCCGCCGUCCCAUCCCGCAUCUCCAUACUCGGCCAACCGCGCACUGCUUCGGGACCUGACCCUCCCUCCGGUGCCGAACCUGGACGUGCCGCCAUCCCCGCCCGGCUCCCCGCCGCGAAGCCUGCCGGCGCUGACAGCCAAGUUUGAGACGUUCCUCGACUUGAAGCGCAAAAAGGGCACGCACUUCAACGCGCGCCUUGCGCAGUCGGCGGCCAUGCGCAACCCGGCCCUGAUGGACAAGCUAAUGGGGUUUGUCGGGCUGGAGGAUCCCAUGGCAGCCGCGGAGACUGCCAAGGCUGGUGGGGCGGCGGCCGCCGCGGCGACGGGUGGCGGUAACUCCAUGGCCGAUCAGUACAUUACCAUCCUCCCGCCUAACCUCUGGGACCCAACGGCGUUCCCGCAGUGGGCUUUCCGUGGUGGGCUACGGGAGGCGCAGGAGAAGGUGCAGAAGCAAAGGGAGGCGGAGAGGGCGAGUGGCCGGAGGGAGCCUGUCGAGUUUGUCCCUGCCUCUGCGCAGUGAUUAUAGGGUUGGCCCCAUGGAGUGAUGGUGGUGAUCGACACCGGGUUUGACAAGCCUAGAGCUCACGAUCUGACUGGGAAAUAAGUCAUGCACGAGAAGCUCGCCGCUCUGGCAUGUUCCCGGUUUCGGAUAGGAGGGAUCAUCAUGGUUUAUACGAGCCGCUCUCGGGAGGCUGCUAUUCAAAGCUCAUCAAUGUCUCCAACACUAUGCUCAACAAUCGGCUUGACGGGGCCCUGAUACUCUGCACUAGGCAUGAUCAAACGCAGGGCUUCACCGGCACGACACCUUGUUCGAUGUGUCGACUUCGGCACGACAACAUUCACCAAGCAUAUUCGCGACGUUACGAGCGAGUCAAGUCAAGCCACACGGCUACAUUGGGAUUUUGGACACCAGGAGAUGGCUUGUAAUGCAAAAAAAAGUAUUAUUAAGAGUAAUGCCAGUUGCAAUCAUUUGCAUGCUGCCCGAGCGAUGCCGGAAAAAUCAUAUACAGUCAAAAACAAGAUACUCCGAUGAGGCAUCACUGCCUACAUUCAGGCAAGGGUAUCGCGCAAGGGAUGAAGUGGAUGAGUGGGGGAAACGGAAAGAGAGAAGAGACAUGAUGGAGAAAGAAAACAUCCUUCUCGAUUGAGCCGCCCAAGACGCUGCCACCGCCUGCUGUUAAUAAAAGAAAAACAGUAUUAUUCAUUUUUCUGCCUAUAUAACCCAGCUAUGAUGUCUGGGAGCAGGGGAUCUUGAAGCCGAGGGCCUGGGAGAUGUCGAUUUCGACGGUCUGGUUGGCGCUGGCGAGCGAGUCGGCAAAGUAGGGCAGGGGCUGGCCGUGGUUCACCACCUUCUUUCCGCGCAGGCCAAAGGUGAGCUUGCCGGUCUCGCAGGCCGGCCUCUUGGUCAUGGCCGCCACGACGGCCUCGUUGCUGACCUUGGCCGUCAUGGGAAACACGUUGUCGCCGGGCCUGAUGGUCAUAUUGUUGAUGUACACCUCGCCCACGUCCUGGUCGCCCAGGUAGUUAAAGAAGGUCGCGUUACCCUGGAUAGUGGUGGUCAAGUCAGCAAUUUGUAAAAAGAGGAAAACAACAGGUUCUCGGAAUUGCUUCUGCGCAUGCCGACAUUCACUUGUUUUUGGGGGCAUUUAUAUGAGACGAGAUUGUGUCUUAACGUCGGCUAAACCCGAUUCGAAAAUACACAAAAGGAUGACUUACCACUUCGAAAGUCACGUGGGACUGGUUGGGAAUCGUAACAGUUCCCUGGAAGUUUGCGCCGUUGUCUUCAGUGUGGUUCCCGGUGAUGAUCUUGGGGUCGCUAACACUGGUGCCCUUGAACAGGUUCAGACCGGGCAUGGUGGUCGUCUUCUUGAAGACAACGGGGUAGUCGCGGGCGAUGCCGUCAACGCGCACGGAGGUGUCGCCCUUGAUGGUGACCCUCAGGGUGUUGUUCAGCAGCAGCCACGUGUUGAAGACGGUAAAGGCCUCCAUGUCUUCAAUGUUGACAAACUGCUUCACGCUGACGUCCUGGGACGCGGCGCUCGAGGUCUCGGGGAACUGGAUUUUGGCAAACGGCCUCUGAGGCGCCCAGUCCUCGAGGUACAUGACGCCCUCGAACGGCGCGACCUUGGCGUGCACCUUGCCGUCGGUCCGGAUGCCGCUGUCAAUGGUCAUGGUGAAGUUUUGCGUCUGCGUGUCGAGCGCCUUGAUGUCGCGCACGUCGAGCUCGGCAGCGUUGAUCUUGUCCUGCGCGAUCUUGGGCACGGCCACGAGGAUUCUAUUUUUGGGAGACGGUUCCGUUAGUUGUGAUGAUUUCUAGACCCUUUGUGCGGUAAAACCUCCAGGCUGCACCCCCUCCCGUUCCUUGUCGUCUGAUGAUAUCAAGCGACUAUGCGGUCAUGAAAUUUCCAUGAGAGACGGUUUCAACCACCCGCAGUAUCCGAGCUACACCUCGGCGAAUGCUCAACACCUUCUCAACCACAAAAAAAAAAAAAAAAAAAAAAAAAAAAAAAAAAAAAACGAAAAAGAAUAAGAAAAAAGACUUACACAACGGGGACCACAAUAACAAUGAUAACAAUCAAAGCUAUCAGGUAGACCCACCAGAAGCGUCCGCAGUGGCCGAUGCACCCGCGCUUUCUGGGCUUGCCGCUGGUGUUUUCAUGGGCAACGAUGCCCUCGCGCGCAAUGUCCUUGUCUGACAUGUCUGCUGUGUUGUCUGUUUCUCUUUUUUCCUCUUUGACUUCGUCGGGGACUUGUUUUGUACGUUUGGCGCAGACCUGUUUGUCCUCAAAACUGGAUGCGGAGGUUCAAGUACGCCAAGCCCUGGGGAACAUGCAAGGGGAGCAAGAGAAGAGGAAAUCAGAAGAGAGCUCUUUUGUUCAACUGAGGGAGGACCCUGAUGGAGUAUUAAGAGCAAUGCGGGAGCGAGAGAGUUCUAGAGAGGCACAUGGGCCACACCUGGCAUUUCCGGGGGGGCAAAGGGGAGGGGGGCUCCUUUGGCGAUACGCGCCCAAAUAGACAAAUUAUAAUGGUAGUAAUUGGUGAUCACAGGGGAAGUCAAACCCUGGAGAAGCAGUGAAGUGGAUCUGGGGGAUAGGUUCAUGGGAAAGGGAAAGGAUAGUGUGGGGUGGGAGGCUUGCUUGUUUUUUAUUCUUGGUCUUGGAGCUCGCGAAAAGAAGGCCAACACGUCGAGAAGGGGAAAAAAUCAUUUCGGUGGAGGCAUCUUUUCGUCGAUCUCCACAUGGGCCGGGGGCCAGAAGGCUGGAUGUGCCUCGGCCCUUUGUGUGCAAUAGGCAAGGCGAGUGGAGGGUUCGAGUAGCAUUUACUAGAAAAACCGACGUCAAGGCCAGGGAAUGAAUGAGUUGGUUUAGCUAACCCUUGCCGGGAUCUGUAUUGGAACAUCCGCGGUAAGCCCUGUUUUAUGGCAAACGUCGGAGUCGGGGUCGUUGGGCGGUACAAAAAAAGAAACAAAAACAAAACGUACAGCUGCACAAAACCUGCAAGGUAAGGGUAUAGCUAAUUAAUCAUUUCUGGCAAGGUUUAGGAGCUGCAAGGCCGUUUGUUUCUCUAGUG